CAAACAUGACCGAGGCGAGCGAUGACGAGGGGAUUUUAAACCCAGAUGAUUUAAAAGGAACAUCGAAGGACCCAGAAUUAACUUUCCUCCCGGAGAAAUCUCGAGAGAUAUAUUUUAGAGCAUACGAUAACUUCAAUAAAUGGCGGCUUGAAAAUGAUGUAAAGACUUUAUCGGAAACUGUACUAUUAUCGUAUUUCAUGCAUUUGUCUCAGACGAAGCAACCGCCGACAAUGUGGAGUAUUUACUCGAUGCUGAAGGCCACGAUGAAAAUCAAGGACGAUGUGCAUAUUGAGAAUUAUUCAGAACUCAUAACGUAUUUGAAAGGAAUGCAAGUGGGACACAACCCGAAAAAGUCUAAAAUUUUUACAUUCUCUGACAUAGAUAAGUUUAUUAAUGAAGCCCCGGACAUAAUAUACCUUGGCGCGAAAGUCAUCCUCAUAAUCGGAAUAAACGGAGGAUGCCGUACUAAUGAACUCAUGAACCUUACUGUCGAUGGCAUCGAAAAACAUUCAGACACCCUGCUAUUAAUAAAACUGCCAAACUCAAAGACGAGUACUGACAGAUCCUUUGUCGUUCGUGAGGAUUAUGUCAAGAUUAUCGAACAGUACCAAUCUUUACGGCCACCCAAUACAAAAACGGACCGAUUCUUCUUGCAGUAUCACAAGGGCAAGUGUAUAAGACAGCCUAUGGGCGUAAAUAAGAUAGGCGGGACACCGCGAGAGAUCGCAACGUAUUUGAAACUUCAAGACCCUCAAGAUUACACUGGCCAUUGUUUUAGGCGCACAUCGGCGUCGCUUUUGCCGGAUUCGGGAGCUGACCUCAGCUCUUUAAAACGCCAUGGCGAUAUUCGUCCGGGUACAUCUAGAGACACAAACGCUGAAAGUCAACCUAAGCCGAAAAUCUGGGUCUGUAUUGAGCCCCCAGAAACUUAAGUGUCGG